AAGGAGUGGGUGGACGGGAGGAGGGACCCAGCAAGCCCGCUGCGCCUCCUUCUUAUCUGUUGUCCUCCCCACCAUCACUGCGUUUCUCCGGGAUCUUGGAAAGUACCUCCAACGAUUCUCCCCCACCCCAGCAGUAUAAAGUAAGGCUGCCGGCUGGCUGUAGGCGAUCUGCAUCCUCUUUCUCUCUGCAGAUGGAGGCGACCGAUCACUUUGUCGCUCUUGCUGCAGUAGCAGCAACAGGGGCUCUCCUCUCUCCGGGCGACAAAAGCCAAGAAAGUGAAUCGGGGAAAUAAUUUGAAGCCGAGGAAGAAGGCUGGGGCAAAGAAGCACCCCAAAAAUACCAUCAAACUCCGCUGGAGCUGCAGAGGGGUUUUUUUGUUGUUUUGGCCCGGGGAACAUCUUGCAGGGAAUAUCCUCGCCUACCUCUCUCCGAAAUCCCGAGCUUGCUGCGGGGGCUGAAGACCCGGCCUCGAAGGAGUCUUUGCUUUUGGGGUUGUGCGUGCAUGUUUUCAAGUCCGCUGUCCUUUUGGGCCGCCGCCACCAGCAUGACGGAGAAGCAUCGCAAGGCAUCCGAAAAGCACGGCUCGAAAAACCGCAGGGUUCACUCAGUGACAGAGCACAGAGCGACGCUAGCAGCUCCCUGUUCUCUGGGACCGUGAGACGGCGUUCUGGCACCUGGUGCAAGCUCCUGUCUGCCUCAGCCUCCCUCAGUGACCAGCCACGUCCUUUUCCACUUGCCACCACACCAGGCUGAUCUGGAUGCCUGCUUCCCAGGGACCUGCUCCUCCCUGGCCGCUGCUCCAGCACAUCCUCUCCAGCGGCAUUGGAUAGACUGCACUCAGAAGACCAGAGGAAGGGCUUCUUCGGUGUGGGCUACAUGUGGCCCUCUUUGGCCUAUGAAGCCCUGUCCAGGACUCUGAGGUUUGUUCCCGGGAGCAAAACUGGCUGGAUUUACAUGGAGGAAACAUCUUCCGGCUGCCUUGGCAGUGGCAAGCAGUUCCUCGGGUCAGCCUGGCUCAGCCACCCCAGGAAGGGUCAUUGAGCACGAGGUGGGCCAGGAUCCAGAGCAGAGCACAGCAGUUUUCCACAGGGCAGCCCAUUUCAGGAGGGUGCUCCGCAGCGUGCUGUUGCCUCCAGACCAUUGUCCCAGCCCAGCCCUGCGAGACAGCCCCAGGAUCCAGCUGCUGAUUCCCCCGCCUCUGGUUUAGGGAGGCUGCAAACUGUUCUUUUCCCAGCAAGGAGAAAGAAGGAUGAUCUCCCCAUGGCACUCGCCACUUUACUUUCCAGCCAAAGCUCUGUUGAUGCAAUGGAUGGGGUGAGUCCAUGUGCAUCAGCAGCGUGAUGUAGAAAUCUAGCCAAUGCAAAGGUAGCAAGGAACUUUGAGGCCGGAUUUGGAACCACCUCCUGAACUCUGGGAAAGUUUUUGGUGCAGUCUCUCUUUGCAGGUACUGGGAAGGCAAAGACACACGAAGGGACAGGUGUCUCUUCUGGUAUUUGGAUGAAUCAUAGAAUCAUGCAGUUGGAAGAGGCCUAGAAGGCCAUCAGGUCCAACCCCCUGCUCUGUGCAGGACUCAGGAAUUCCAUCCAGAUUCUAACCAGGCCUGACCCUGCUUAGCUUCCAGGAUUAGGCAGAAUCAGGCACUUCAGGCUAAACAGAAGCUCUGCCUGUUGCCCUGCCAUGACUGGGGGAAUUCAGACGCUGCUCUGACUUUUGGCAGUGGUUGUGUGAGGCUUCUGACUGCGAGGAUCCUGGUCAGUUGGAACGUGGCUCGUAGCCACAUGGAAGACCUGGGCAAGUCCACGUCAUGGCUGCAGGCCGAGCUGGCCUCUCCUUCUCCGUGCCUGCAUAUUCUUGACUGCCGAAGCCGGGAGCUGUAUGAUUCAUCCCAUGUGGAGCGGGCUCUGAGUGUGGCCCUCCCGGGACUGCUGCUACGGCGACUCCGCAAGGGGAAUCUCUCCGUCCGCUCCUUACUGCCUGGGCCCCCACAGGGCCUCAGGGAUAACAUUGUGUUGCUGUACGACGAGGGGACACUCCAGCUGCCCUGGCGAGGAAAUCGGGAAGUGGAUGAAGAGUCGGUGUUGCUGACAUUGCUGCAGAAGCUACGGGAAGAAGGCUGUCCGGCCUACUACCUGCAGGGAGGUUUCCACAAAUUCCAGGCCGAAUGGCCACACCUUUGUGAGACCAACCGGGACGUGGCUAGUGCCAGUAGCUCACCUGGGCCUCCGGCAACUCCUGUGGUGGGCCUGGGCGGCCUGAGCCUCAGCUCGGACUGUUCCGAUGCCGAGUCAGAGCCCCUGAGCAGCGGCAUGGAGUCGGAGGGGGCCAGCCCCCCCUCCUUCCCUGUACAGAUCCUGCCCAACCUCUUCCUGGGCAGCGCCCGUGACUCGGCUAACAUGGACACUCUGGCCAAGCUGGGCAUCCACUACAUUCUCAACGUCACACCCAACCUGCCGAACCUCUUUGAAAAGAACGGCGACUUCCAUUACAAGCAGAUCCCCAUCUCAGACCACUGGAGUCAGAAUCUCUCCCAGUUCUUCCCUGAAGCCAUCGAGUUCAUUGAUGAGGCCCUGUCUCGGAACUGUGGGAUCCUGGUGCACUGCUUGGCGGGGAUCAGCCGCUCGGUCACAGUCACCGUUGCCUACCUCAUGCAGAAGCUCAACCUGUCCCUCAACGACGCCUAUGACCUCGUGAAGCGGAAGAAGUCCAACAUCUCACCCAACUUCAACUUCAUGGGGCAGCUCCUGGACUUUGAAAAGUCACUGGGGCUUAGCCAGGGCAGCCGGCGGCCUGCUGGGGGCCAGAGCUGCUUCUUCACCUCGCCAACCGACGACAGUGUCUUUGAGUUGGACCCCACGUAGUACAGGGGCCAAAGGGUGCUGCCCCCCUUGUGUUCUCCUCCUCCUCCUCCUCGGCUCUCUCCCUGCCUGCCCUGGUGGCAGAGUCCUUUGGGACCAGCAGAAUACCUCACACCAGAGAGGAGAGUCUCUCCUUCAGAACCAACUGCCACUUCCCAAGAAGGUUCUUGUUGCCUUUUUGCAUUCUUUGGUGCGUUGACAGUGAUGCGGUGCAUGCAACCCAUCUUGCAGCUAAGUUGACAGGGCCAUUCCAAUAACCAAAGAUGCCCUUUGCCCAAGAGCCCUAAAAAAAUGGAGAUCCCACCCACUUUUGCAGAGCCUGCUCUUUCUGGCAAGGUGACUCUGGGCAUACUGCAUGUCAAACAUGUUCCAGAUCACCAUGUUUAAAUAUAAAGAUUUGAAAUGGGCUGCGUCAGGCUAGAACCUGCCAGUUGCUGCCGGUGCCCGUCUUCUACAGAAAGUGUUUCCUCCCUCGCUCAUCUGCAGCCAUAAUUUUAGAAAAUGAGUUGGAAAACUACAGCUGUCCUGUGAGGAUUUUGCCUACAUAAGACUUCUGGCUCUAGAAUCAGAUCCUUCAGCUCAAAGUUCUGCAAUGCACGAAGGUCAGAACCCUGCAACUUUCCCAUGUCCAUGGUGUUAAAGGCCAGGUUGAAACAUAGGCUUGAAGCGACGGUGCAGCAGAUUCCUAGAGCCUGACACUCUAGAACUGCUUGAAGGAGGAGACCUCCGUACCGCAUCUGGUGGGACCAGAAACUGUAGAAGAAGGAUGGAGAAGCUGCCCCUUUUUUUCUUAGGCAUGGGACCCCACACCUCUGCAUGUGGGGCAUCUGAGAAACCUCGAAUACUGUGUGCCAGGUCAGGAACAUGCAGUUCAGAAGCUUGUAUGAUUACCAUACCUCACCCAUCUUCUCUACAGUAUUGAAUGCCCACCCAGUCCCAAAAGCAGUCCAUCCAGUCAUUCACCCAGAAAUUUGGGUAAAGCAGAAGGAAAAUAUGGGGUGGGGGGGAAGGUGGUUAAGAACUUUGAAGUAGGUUCAUAUCAAGGAUCAGUUGGGAGACCAAAAAGGUAGCAGGAGGGAGGGUCAUUGGCUGCUGCACAGAGGUGAAGAAGGUAGAGCAGCUCUCCAUCCAUGCCUGUACAAAUUUUGACUGUGUGUGUGUGUGUGUGCGCGCCUUAAUGCCUGCAUGUGAGCAGCUUCACCUGUGUAUGCAUGGACUUGGCAGUGUCUGCAUACACGGCUUACUUUGUGCCCAGAUUUAGGCCUAAUCUUUAUGGCUGGAACUUGCUUUCAGUGCCAGGAUCCAGUCCAAGGACACAAGAAGUAACAAAGAUGACCACACCUCUGAACAUGUGCAGAAGAAAUCAGGAGAAAUAAUAAAUAGAUGUACUGUAUAAAGUAUUUCCCUCUCCACCAGGACAGGCUGUCCACACCCACGCAUACACACAUACUCCCCUGCAAUCCUUCUGAGUUAAAGGAUAUCAUCUGUAAGCAAACUUGAUCCUGGGCACUACUUCCUUUUUUUUUUAAUUAAGGCUGCAAUCAUGUACACACUUAACUGGGAGUAAGUCCCAUUGAGUUUAAUGACACUUACUUCCAAACAGAGGAUUGCACUGAAACUUCACCACUGCCUGUAUGCAAGUGUGGUCAGAAAACACAAAAUAUGUCCCAGGUGUUCUGAUAACAUCCCUUGAAGGCUUAAAGUUUCACUACUAAACUGCCAGUCUUCUGGGCUGCUUCUACACUGCAGUUUCACAGGAGUGCAGGUGGGGGUGUCUGCAGAAUUCAACUUUCAGACAACCCUGCUUCCUUUUCUUUUCUUUUCUUUUCUUUUCUUUUCUUUUCUUUUCUUUUCUUUAUAACCCUUUUCACUAUGCUUGCGGAAAUAACCUCAAAGAGCUGUGAAUCCCUAUAUGCACGACAGUCAAAAGUUGCAAAAUGUUAUGCAAGAUAUGAACAAUUAUGUUGAAUUGAGCUUUGUUUGAAAUUUGGAUUGCCUGGACACAACCUGACCUAAUUUUUGUACAGACAGCACAUAGCCCUGUGUACCUGUAUGUGCAACUACAGGUUUGUUAGUUAAAAUUAUGAUUUUU